AUGGCGGAGGUCCUAAGGGACCCUGUGCUAGGUGAAGCAGAUAUCAUCGCCUUUCACGAGCCGUACAUUAACAAAUUCGGCACUGAAAUCCAGACCCACAACUCAGCAAAGACCAGUAAGAAUAUUGAUGCAAAGAGCAUCGAGCUCACUGAUUAUGGGCAAAACUUGACGACCGUAACCCUCAAAAUGAAAGACGAACGCAGCAAGAUUACAGUAUACAAUGUAUACAACCCCAACCCGGAAGCACCGUUUGAAGAAGAGACCGGUCUCCCACAUCGCUCCCCCCUGUAA